AUGAUCGCGGGCAAGGUCGCUGCCGACGAGUCGAACCAUAUCGACGUCAUGCUGGUCCGGAGCUCGGUAAACCCUUUAGCUCCAUUUCGACGGCUAACCUUUAUGUCGGCGGGCGGGCGGGCGGCAGCAACAAUGGCGGCUAAUCAAGCUGGCUACAGGGAAAGAUAUCAAGUUGAGGCUUUCCUCUCUCGUUUGCGUCAAAGGGCGACCUGCGAGCAUCUUUGGGACGCCAACAAUCACGGGCGAGGCCGGGCCAAGGUGACGCACGCCGUCAUUGUCAUCUUCUUGGAGUUCUUUGCCUGGGGACUGCUGACCACGCCCAUGCUGACUGUUCUUCAUGAAACCUUCCCGAAGCACACGUUCCUCAUGAACGGACUGGUGCAAGGUGUCAAAGGCUUUCUAUCAUUCCUGUCGGCUCCCGUGAUCGGCGCCCUGUCCGACGUCUGGGGUAGGAAGCGUUUCCUCCUGAUGACGGUGUUCUUCACGUGCGCGCCCAUCCCCUUCAUGAGGAUCAGCCCCCGGUGGUACUUUGCCCUGAUCGCCGUGUCGGGAGUCUUUGCCGUGACCUUCUCCGUCAUCUUCGCCUACGUGGCCGACAUCACCGACGAGCGUCAGAGGAGCACAGCGUACGGCCUGGUGUCGGCGACGUUCGCCGCCAGCCUGGUGACGAGCCCCGCCAUCGGGGCCUACCUCUCGGCGCGCUACGGCGACAGCCUGGUGGUCCUGAUCGCCACGGUGAUCUCGGUGGCCGACAUCGCCUUCGUCUUCCUGGCGGUGCCUGAGUCGCUGCCCGACAAGAUGCGGCCGGCCACCUGGGGCUUUCCGCUCUCCUGGGAGCAGGCGGACCCCUUUGCCUCGCUGCGCCGCGUGGGCAAAGACUCCACCGUCAUGCUCAUCUGCGUGGCCGUCUUCCUGUCGUACCUGCCGGAGGCCGGCCAGUACUCCAGCUUCUUCCUCUACCUCAGACAGGUCAUCGACUUUUCCCCCGCCGCCAUCGCCGCCUUCAUCGCCAUGGUGGGCAUCUUGUCCAUCAUUGCGCAGACGCUUCUCCUGGGCGUGCUGAUGCGUACGUUGGGCAACAAGAAGACGGUUUUGCUGGGUCUGACCUUCCAGCUCCUGCAGCUGGCCUGGUACGCAUUUGGCUCAGAGCCCUGGAUGAUGUGGGCGGCGGGCACGGUGGCCGCCAUGUCCUCCAUCACUUUCCCGGCCGUUUCGGCGUUGGUCUCGCACAGCGCCACCCCGGACCGGCAAGGCGUGGUCCAGGGCAUGAUCACAGGCAUCCGGGGUCUGUGCAACGGUUUGGGCCCCGCUCUGUACGGAUUCAUCUUCUUCCUCUUCAAUGUGGAGCUCAGCGACGUGCAGACUGCAGAAGGACGGGACGCGCAACACAUUAAGAAGUCCAGCGUUCCGGGGCCCCCCUUCCUGUUUGGCGCCUGCGCCGUGGUCCUGGCGCUGAUUGUGGCCGCCUUCAUCGAGGAGCGGGCGCCGGCCGCCGCCAUCCGGACGUGUUCGGACGGCAGGCCCGGCGGCGCGGGCGUGCCCGCCGCAGCUGGCCCCCCCGCCACUCCUCCAGGCCACGCCGACGACAUCGAGCCGCUCUUGCGGGACAGCGGCGUGUGAUUGACAGGCCGCCCUCGGACAGUCGGGAGCUGACCAAAAUGUGCCAAUUCUCUUUAUCAGCAAUGGUUGUUUUUUUGACACGUCUGAGAGAUCUGAGCAUCGUGGUGACCGUUGGCAACUUUCUGUUUAUUCUAAUGCCUUCAAAUGAAAAUAGGCUGGCACAAAACUGCAAAAUGCACAACUAACAUUUGUAAUAUAGUGAAAAUAAUUUUAAAAAACC